CUCCCGGAGCCAUCCGAGGACCAUCAGCCCUCGUGCCCUCGGCCUGUGCCGUCUCCUCCGGCCUGACCCUGGGGCCGGGGGUGGGAGGCGGCUUCCGCCAGAGAGGAGCGGGCUGUGGUGGCCACCGCGGCGGAGCCUGAGUUCUUUAGCCAUGAAAAUGGUAUGCACAGUCUUGAACAUGUACUCUCCAUGCUGAUGGGACAGGAUCCAAUAUGAAUAUAAAUGAUGGAGGAAGACGACGCUUUGAGGAUAAUGAACAUACAUUACAUAUAUAUCCCGGGACAAUUUCAGAAGGAACAAUCUACUGUCCAGUCCCUGCCGGAAAAAACUCCACAGCGGCUGAGGUGAUUGAGUCUCUUAUAAAUAGACUUCAUCUUGACAAAACAAAAUGUUAUGUUCUAGCAGAGGUAAAGGAAUUUGGUGGAGAAGAAUGGAUACUCAAUCCAACAGACUGUCCUGUUCAGCGAAUGAUGUUGUGGCCCCGAAUGGCUCUGGAAAAUCGCCUGAGUGGAGAGGACUACCGCUUUCUUCUGAGAGAAAAAAACCUUGAUGGAUCAAUCCAUUAUGGCAGUCUUCAGUCAUGGCUACGGGUAACAGAAGAACGUCGCAGGAUGAUGGAACGGGGUUUUCUUCCACAGCCUCAGCAGAAAGACUUUGAUGAUUUAUGUAGCUUACCUGAUUUGAAUGAGAAAACUCUAUUAGAAAACUUACGAAAUCGUUUUAAGCACGAAAAAAUUUAUACCUAUGUUGGCAGUAUUCUAAUAGUUAUUAACCCUUUCAAAUUUCUUCCUAUUUAUAACCCUAAGUAUGUCAAAAUGUAUGAUAACCACCAGUUGGGAAAACUUGAGCCCCAUAUUUAUGCUGUAGCUGAUGUAGCUUAUCAUGCCAUGCUUCAGCGCAAAAAGAAUCAAUGCGUCGUGAUUUCUGGAGAGAGUGGUUCUGGGAAGACUCAAAGCACAAACUUUCUUAUUCAUCACCUUACUGCUCUCAGUCAGAAAGGAUUUGCCAGUGGAGUGGAACAAAUUAUUCUUGGAGCUGGGCCAGUACUUGAGGCAUUUGGAAAUGCAAAGACAGCUCAUAAUAAUAAUUCAAGUCGUUUUGGCAAGUUUAUUCAAGUGAAUUACCAAGAAACAGGCACUGUACUUGGUGCCUAUGUUGAAAAAUAUCUACUGGAGAAGUCCAGACUCGUUUAUCAAGAGCAUAAUGAACGGAACUAUCAUGUAUUCUAUUACCUCCUGGCAGGAGCAAGUGAAGAAGAGAGAUUAGCAUUCCAUCUUAAACAACCAGAAGGAUAUCAUUAUCUCAAUCAGAUAACAAAGAAACCCCUCAGACAGAGCUGGGAUGAUUAUUGCUAUGAUUCUGAGCCGGAUUGCUUCACAGUGGAGGGGGAAGAUUUGAGGCAUGACUUUGAGCGCUUACAACUGGCCAUGGAAAUGGUAGGAUUUCUUCCCAAAACACGAAGACAGAUUUUCUCUCUUCUCUCAGCAAUACUACACUUGGGUAAUAUCUGUUAUAAAAAGAAGACAUACCGGGAUGACUCCAUAGAUAUCUGUAAUCUUGAAGUUCUGCCAAUUGUCUCAGAAUUAUUAGAAGUUAAAGAAGAGAUGCUAUUUGAAGCAUUAGUUACGAGGAAGACUGUGACAGUGGGAGAAAAGCUUAUUUUACCAUACAAGCUGGCAGAGGCUGUGACAGUGAGGAAUUCCAUGGCUAAGUCUUUAUAUAGCGCCCUCUUUGACUGGAUAGUUUUUCGAAUUAAUCACGCACUUCUGAAUACUAAAGAUUUGAAACAAAAUACCAAGACUUUGUCCAUUGGUGUUCUUGAUAUAUUUGGGUUUGAAGAUUAUGAAAAUAAUAGCUUUGAACAGUUCUGUAUUAAUUUUGCUAAUGAACGUUUACAACACUACUUUAAUCAGCAUAUCUUUAAAUUGGAGCAGGAGGAAUACAGAACUGAAGGUAUCAGCUGGCAUACUAUAGAUUAUAUUGAUAAUACCUGUUGCAUAAAUCUUAUUAGCAAAAAACCAACAGGACUGCUCCAUCUUUUGGAUGAAGAAAGCAACUUUCCACAGGCUACAAAUCAAACAUUGCUAGACAAAUUUAAGCAUCAACAUGAAGAGAAUUCUUACAUUGAAUUUCCAGCUGUGAUGGAGCCUGCUUUCAUUAUAAAACAUUAUGCUGGGAAAGUAAAAUAUGGAGUGAAGGAUUUCCGGGAAAAAAAUACAGAUCAUAUGCGCCCUGACAUUGUAGCUCUUCUGAGAAGUAGCAAGAGUGCUUUUAUCUCUGGGAUGAUUGGAAUUGAUCCUGUAGCUGUUUUCCGGUGGGCAGUUCUCAGAGCUUUUUUCAGAGCCAUGGUUGCUUUCAGGGAAGCUGGGAAAAGACACAUUCAGAGAAAAACUGGACAUGAUGAUACAGCGCCAUGUGCAAUUUUGAAAAGUAUGGAUAGUUUUAGCUUUCUUCAACACCCAGUCCACCAGAGGAGCUUAGAGAUUCUGCAGAGGUGCAAGGAAGAGAAGUACAGUAUAACCCGGAAAAAUCCCAGAACACCACUUUCUGAUCUACAGGGCAUGAAUACUCUUAAUGAAAAAAACCAACACGAUACAUUUGAUACUGCCUGGAAUAGCAGAACUGGGAUUCGCCAGAGCCGGCUAUCGAGUAGCACAUCCUUUCUUGACAAAGAUGGGAUAUUUGCUAAUUCCGCUAGCAGCAAACUCUUGGAGAGAGCCCGUGGAAUCCUUACGAGAAACAAAAACUUCAAAUCCAAGCCUGGCCUUCCAAAGCAUUUGCUAGACGUAAAUUCUUUAAAGCAUCUGACAAGACUGACCCUACAGGAUCGUAUUACCAAGUCUCUUCUUCAUUUGCACAAGAAGAAGAAACCUCCUAGUAUCAGUGCCCAGUUUCAGGCCUCAUUAAGCAAACUGAUGGAGACACUUGGUCAAGCAGAACCGUAUUUUGUAAAAUGCAUUAGAUCUAAUGCCGAAAAGCUACCAUUAAGGUUCAAUGAUUCCUUGGUACUUAGACAGCUUCGGUACACUGGGAUGCUGGAGACAGUUCGAAUUCGCCAAUCAGGAUACAGUUGUAAAUAUUCUUUCCAGGAUUUUGUGAGCCACUUCCAUGUACUUCUUCCCCGAAAUAUUAUUCCAUCCAAAUUUAACAUUCAGGAUUUCUUCAGGAAAAUAAAUCUUAAUCCAGAUAAUUAUCAAGUUGGAAAAUCCAUGGUGUUCCUAAAGGAGCAGGAACGACAGCACCUACAAGAUCUUCUUCACCAAGAGGUGCUCCGUAGAAUCAUAUCGUUGCAGCAGUGGUUCAGGGUCUUGCUGUGCAGGCAGCAUUUCCUCCAUCUGAGACAGGCAUCCAUUAUUAUCCAGCGAUUCUGGAGGAAUUAUCUAAAUCAGAAGCAAGUCAGAGAUGCAGCUGUGCAGAAGGAUGCUGUCCUUAUGGUUAGUGCAGCCACUCUUCUCCAAGCUUCCUGGCGUGCUCACUUAGAGAGGCAGCGGUAUUUGGAGCUCCGGACCGCAGCCACCAUCAUCCAGCAGAGAUGGAGGGAACACUGCAGGCGGAGACACACGGCUGCUGUUUGCAUACAGGCCAGAUGGAAAGGCUGCAGGGAAAGUAAGAGGUAUCAAGAGCAAAGGAACAAAAUUAUCCUUUUGCAGUCAGUAUGUAGAGGAUUCAAAGCAAGACAAAGGUUUAAAGCCUUAAAAGAACAAAGACUAAGAGAAACAAAACUAGAACUUGGAUUGACAAAUAUUGAGCCUUAUGGAGCUCUGGAAAUUCAGGGCUCAGACCCUUCAGAAUGGGAGGAUUGUUCCUUUGACAACAGAGUAAAAGCCAUAGAGGAAUGUAAAUACGUGAUAGAGAGUAAUCAAAUUUGCCAUGAAAGUUCAAUGGGCUUCUUGAAGGAGUCCCCAAAUAAGCGACAGGAGAGAGCCAGAAGCCAUAGUGGUGUGGACUUGCAGGAAGAUGUGAUUGUGAGAGAGAGACCCAAGUCCUUGGAGGAUCUCCACCAGAAAAGAGUAGGUCGGGCCAAAAGAGAAAGUCGGAGAAUGAGAGAACUAGAGCAAGCUAUCUUUAGUUUAGAGUUGCUGAAAGUCCGUUCUCUUGGUAGCACGUCUCCUUCAGAGGAGCGCAGAUGGUCUACAGAACUGAUUCCUGAGGGCCUUCAGUCUCUGGAAGGUACACCUGAUAGUGAAAGCUCUCAAGGAAGUUUGGAACUUCUGAGCUGCGAGGAAAGUCAAAAGAACAAACAAGAGUCUAUAGCUUUAGAUGAAGGAGACUUGCAGUUUCUAUCACCCAAGAUACCUAGCAGUCCAAAAUUUGAAUCACAGGACAAUGCCCUUGGUGACUCAAGCAAAAGUAAUAGUCACACAUUAAUUCAAAAGGGGACAUCCUCUGACUCAGUGCAUUUGAAGAAUGGGACUGUGAAGGAAAAACUGGUUUGCAAUUCUGAAUCUAUUUCUUGUAAGCCCCAGCUGAGAGACUCCUUCAUUUCAAAUAGUCUGCCUACAUUUUUUUAUAUUCCCCAGCAAGACCCACUGAAAACAAGUUCCCAACUAGACACAAGUAUACAGAGAAACAAACUGUUGGAAAGUGAACAAACACAUUCAGCUCUUACUUUGGGUAUCAGCAGGGAAGCAAGGAAGUACCACUUCUCGGGAGAAAAUCAGCUUAUUGCUUCUUUGAAUACAGAGUCUUCUAACAGCCUGUUUAAAAAGUUAGAAAAGCUGAACACUGAGAAGGAGGAAAGGCAGAAGCAGUUGCAGCAGCAGAAUGAAAAAGAGCUGAUGGAGCAGAUACGCCAGCAAACAGAUAUUCUAGAGAAGGAACGAAAAGCCUUCAAGACGAUGGAAAAGCCCAGACCUGUGGAGUCCUCUCUGCGCCAGCCAAAGCAAAGAGUAGAAAGGCCAUCCUCUCUGCUCAUCCUGAACUCCUCGCAUAAGGAAGAGCCCAUGGUACAAGGGACUCCAUCAGCUGUGAAAGGUACAGCGUUUGCUGCAGAGGACAGUCCCUCUUCUCACUUACCCCUGAAGGACCAACCUGUCACUCUGUUCUUUGAAAAAAGAGGAGGCUCCUGCCAGCCUAGUUCUAUCAAGGAAUUAUCGGUGACAGACACAACAGGCACCCAACUGAAUGUAGCCUGUAAGUUCAGUAAUAAUCGCAUUUCAAAAAGAGAACACCUUAGGCCAUCUCAGUCUUAUAGUCACAAAUCUGAUGACCCUUCCAGAGAUGGUACUACUGGGGCCAUUUUCUUCAUGCCAAAGGACAAUAUGAAUAUUUCCCUUGUCAAUAAGGAAGCUUUGAACAUUGGAAAUCCUCAACUCUACAAACGAGAUGAACCAGCUUGGAAACCUAUGAAAUUAACUGGGCCGGGCCAAGGAGAGCAGGUUGCCAGACCGGCCCAUAAAAAGAAAGCUCGAAUGGCGCGGACGCGCUCCGAUUUCUUGACUAGAGGUACUUUUGCUGCAGGGGAGGGGGAUACAGAGGAAGAUGAUUACGAUGACAUUAUUGAGCCCCUUCUCUCCCUUGACCAAGCUUCUCACUCUGAGCUAGGGUCUGUACCCAGCCUGGGUCAGGCCUCUCACAGUGACUCCGAAAUGACAUCACAACGAUUUUCUUCAGUUGAUGAAGAAGCAAAGCUUCAUAAGACUAUGUCUCAAGGAGAAAUUACAAAGUUGGCAGUGAGACAGAAGGCUUCAGAUUCAGAUAUAAGACCUCAGAGAGCAAGGAUGAGAUUCUGGACCAAAGGGAAACAAGGGGAGAAGAAGACCACCAGAGUGAAACCUGCUAUGCAGCCAGAGAGUUCAGCAUCCUUUGCUGGCUCAGAUAGGAUUCCAGCUCAUCCAUUUCCAGAUGAAAUAGCUCAGUAUCACUCAACACCUCCUUUGAGCCCAGAAUUACCUGGUAGUUGCCGAAAGGAGUUCAAAGAGAACAAAGAGCCUUCUCCAAAGGCAAAGCGUAAGAGAAGUGUGAAGAUCAGCAGUGUGGCUUUGGAAUCUAUGUAUUGGCAGAAUGAUUCUGUCCAGAUCAUAGCAAGUACCAGUGAUUUAAAAAGCAUGGAUGAAUUUCUUCUGAAAAAGAUGAAUGACCUAGAAAAUGAAGACAGCAAGAAAGACACACUAGUGGAUGUUGUAUUUAAAAAAGCCCUGAAAGAAUUUCGGCAGAAUAUCUUCAGCUUUUAUUCAUCUGCAUUGGCGACAGAUGAUGGGAAGAGCAUACGGUAUAAAGACCUCUACGCGCUAUUUGAACAGAUCCUGGAAAAGACCAUGAGACUUGAGCAGCGUGAUUGGAGUGAAUCUCCAGUAAGAGUUUGGGUCAACACUUUUAAAGUGUUUUUAGAUGAAUACAUGAAUGAAUUCAAGACUUUGGAUUGUAUACCCACAAAGGUGCCAAAAACAGAAAGAAAGAAAAGAAGAAAAAAAGAAACUGAUUUAGUGGAAGAGCACAAUGGUCACAUCUUUAAGGCCACCCAGUAUAGCAUCCCUACAUACUGUGAGUACUGUUCUUCUUUGAUAUGGAUAAUGGACCGAGCCUCUGUUUGCAAAUUAUGCAAGUAUGCUUGCCAUAAGAAGUGCUGCCUGAAAACCACAGCCAAGUGCUCUAAAAAGUAUGAUCCAGAGCUAUCAUCUCGACAAUUUGGGGUUGAACUGUCCCGUUUGACCAGUGAAGACCGAACUGUUCCUUUAGUGGUAGAGAAGCUCAUAAACUACAUUGAAAUGCAUGGACUGUACACAGAAGGUAUUUACCGCAAGUCUGGUUCAACCAAUAAAAUUAAGGAGCUUCGGCAAGGUCUAGAUACAGAUACUGAGAGUGUAAACCUAGACGACUAUAACAUACAUGUCAUUGCAAGUGUGUUCAAGCAAUGGCUUCGUGAUUUGCCCAAUCCACUUAUGACCUUUGAACUCUAUGAGGAAUUUCUCCGAGCAAUGGGCCUUCAGGAGAGGAAAGAAACAAUCCGUGGUGUAUACUCUGUGAUUGACCAGCUCUCCAGAACUCACCUCAAUACAUUGGAACGCCUUAUCUUUCAUCUAGUCAGGAUUGCUCUACAGGAAGACACUAAUCGAAUGUCUGCCAAUGCUUUGGCCAUUGUGUUUGCACCAUGUAUUCUCCGUUGUCCUGACUCUAUUGACCCACUACAAAGCGUGCAGGACAUCAGUAAGACUACCACCUGUGUGGAGCUGAUUGUUGUUGAACAAAUGAACAAAUAUAAGGCUCGUCUCAAAGACAUCAGUAGCCUGGAAUUUGCUGAGAAUAAGGCAAAAACCAGGCUGUCACUGAUUCGAAGAUCAAUGAAACCUGUACUAAUUGCAGUUAGAUUUAUGAGCAUUACCCGCAGUUCAGUCUCGGGAAAGGGGCGUCUUCGUCGAGGAAACUAUCCAGGUGCUUCCUCUCCUGCUGUUGCUCAGCUGCCCUCUGUGUCUGACAUCCCCGAAGAGACCUUGACUAGUGAGGCAGCCGUGGAGACCGACAUCACAGAACAGCAGCAAGCAGUUAUGCAGCAGGAGGAGCGAGUGCUGACGGAGCAGAUUGAGAGCCUACAGAAGGAGAAGGAGGAGCUAACAUUUGAGAUGCUUGUCCUGGAACCUCGUGCCUCCGAUGAUGAAACCCUUGAGUCUGAGGCCUCCAUUGGGACUGCCGAUAGCUCAGAAAAUUUGAAUAUUGAGACUGAAGGUGCCAUCUCUGAGAGAUCAGAGAGAAGCAUAGCCCUGGGCUCCCUGAAGGCAGCUGGCAAGUCUGAACCGUCGAGCAGGUUGAGUAAGCAGCUAAAAAGGCAGCAACACUCUUGGGAUUCAGCGGACUCCUCGGUGUCUCCUCUUUGUCCGUCUAACACUGCAUCUUCCCGUGGGACCAGAAAACGAUUUCAGAUUUAUUCCAAAUCUCCAUUCUACCGAGCUGCUUCAGCUGGUGAGGCCCUGGGAAUGGAAGGGCCCCCGGGCCAGACCAAAUCCCUAGAAGACAGGCCUCAGUUCAUCAGCAGAGGAACCUUCAACCCUGAAAAGGGAAAACAAAAAUUAAAGAAUGUGAAAAACUCACCUCAGAAAACCAAAGAGACUCCAGAGGGGACAGUGGUGUCUAGCCGCAGAAAAACUGUGGACCCAGACUGCAGCUCCACCCAACAGCUAACUCUCUUUGGAAAUAAUGAGUUUAUGGUCUGAACUGGCAGCUGUGUGUCCUUUUAUGGCCACAGAGUCUUAAACCACAUCUCGUCUUUGGGGCUGCUUCUCAUCGCCUCAUCCACAAUAAUCCAUCCCACUUGUGGUCCCGUUUCCUGCAAGCAUACAACUGAGACCUUGUGUGCUGAAUUCCUGGGUCUUCGGCAGAAGUGGAAGGGCCUCUUUGAAGCCUGCUGGGAAUGGUGCCGGCUGUGCCUUGGCUGCUUCAAUUGACUAGAGAUUUCACUUAACAAAGCCACCCCGGCCCAGGGGAUUUGGGUCAAUUGCGGAGGUCUUUGUAGUUGCCUCUCCUCUGUCCUCUUUUCCCUUCCUAGCCACAGGUGUUGAACUCGGCGGGGUUACGCUGUGGGCCUGAGGAACCCACUGAUUUCUGACAUUUGAAGAAAGCAUAAAUCUUUCUUCACCAUGCAGGCAAAAGUGUUUGGGUUAAUUUGGAGAUAGUUAGGAGCUGGGUUAGAAUAUAAUUUUUUUCCAAGGAUUUAUAAACAAAAAGUCUAAGCACCCUAUUUUAAGAUUUUGGAAAAAUACUCCAUGUUAUAUUCUAGGGAAAGUAAAAAAGCAGUUGUUUCCAUUAAGCCAUCACAGCAUGAUUCUCAGACAUCUGGUUACACAAUGAAGAGAAAGUCAUGGGUUUUUUUUUGAUGUUUGGUGUCAUAGUAAUUGAUGCUGGUUUAACUCCUAGUUAGUUUCUGCCAAAUGCAUUGCAUGGGCUAAAGUUUCGGUAGCCAUACUGUUCUCAUAUUCCCUGGUCUGGGAUCAGGUUCCUCUAAUUUUUUUUAAAUCUCCCAGAGACGUGAUCAUCUCUAAACAUGAGGGUUUCAUCCUAAUCCAUCCAUGCUUUUCUCUUUGUAUAGAGUAAACCGAAGAUCACAUAUGAACCUAUUCAUCUGCUGGUGGAUAUCUACCACAAACUCAGACAAAUAGUGUGACCAUUUAAUCCCUUCUACUGAACAUUUACACACAACACUGCAUGAAUAAGUGUUACAGAAAGCUGCCAAAAAUAUUCGAGUUUUUAAUAUGACCCCUCCAACUUUUAUCUUCUUUUCCUCAGAUCAUCAGUAUUAAAAUAGAUGAGAAAAAAAAAAUCAAGGACUACUUGAAACUAUUUUUGUUAAUAUUCUGGUUACUGAAGUUUACUGUAAAUAUAUAUGUAUAGUAUACAGAUUUCUUUUUAACCUUAUGCUUCCCUCCUCCCUGUGGAAUUUCUUUCCAUAAAUUAGGGGCCAGUGGACAGGGGAGUGAGAGCCACUCAUUCCUGGGUUAAAGGAAAAAUCAAACCAUCUUUUUCACCUGAAUGUCUCUGUGCACCAGAGUUGUAAUAGCAUUUUAAGCUUCUUAGCAUUUGUGGGAUUAGAAAUCUGUCUUUGCUAUUUAUAAUAUAUGGAAAAUGAAACAUGAUACUCUUUCUUGAGAUAUGUGAAAAUGUUUAUUUUUAAAGUUGCUAAAUGCAUUUGUCUAACUACCACUUGCACUGUUCUUAAAAAGAGCCUUUACCAUAUAUAACCUGAAUUUUGGUUGGUUGUUCUUUUCAUACUUCUAUGAUUUGAAGUUAUGGAAAUACUAAGACUUAUUAAGACACAGGCUCUCCUGUUACACAACACUGAACCUCAUGCCACUGCCUCAGUGGUUACUGUGGAGUCCCAGAGGUCAGACUUGGAACGUCAUUCUGAGUGGCAGCUAAAGGUAGCAGAAGUCUUACUUCUUCCUGGUUUGGGUUCAGAAAUGAGCUAGGGAAAGGAACUUUUUUAAGUCCCCAGAAUGAUGAUGGUUACUAAGUAAAUUUUAGAUUUUAUGUCCUGCAAACACCUGCCACCCUAUUUGUGCUGUUUUGAGCAGAGUAAUAAGUGUAAAGCUUUUAGAAUUUGAAUUUCACAGAACCCCUCAGCAUGGUUGUGUCACAGUGGGAUUGCUGGGGCCCCAGGGCCCCACAGCAGGCUGCACAGGCUGCGCGGUGUCCCGGGAGAUUGCGUUGUGCGCUGGGCCUUCUGUGCUGUUCAGUGCUGGGUGCUGAUGCCUACUCUCCCUGUGUUCCAGAACAUGGGCUCGAUGACCAUACAAGAGAAGAGAUUACCCUUGUUGAAUAAUUUCCUUUGUCCCAGAGAAAACACAUUUUGGCCUAUAUUUUGCCUUCUAAAUCUUUGUGGAUUUUUGGGUUUUUUUUUGUUCUUUGCUAAGUUUUUGGCAGUUAAAAAACUACUCAUAUAGGUCACUUUAUAGGAACUAAGUGAUGGGUGUUAAGAGACUUUAUAAUUUUUCUCAGGGACCUGAAACCUGAAUUUGGAUAAAAUUAAAUAAAAGUUUUUGCUAUUUGUUUUUUGGUUGCUAGAUUUGUGGGUUUCUAGUCAUUUAGCAAGCUGCCAGAAUGGAGGGUAAUGGGGAGGAGAAAUCCAUGCAGUUGUAAGAAUGGAGAGCAAAGUGUAGGACCCUCCCUUUGAAGGAAAGAAAGCUGUUGUUCUCAUAGGAUAACAGGCAUUGUUGGCCUGAUAGAGAUAAAGCCAUACUCUUAAAACUAUAAGAACCAAGUACUAUAUCUCCUUCCAUCUCGUGCUAACUGGUCCUCUCCAGUGGUUAAAGUUAUGUCAUCACAAAGUGAUGCGCUAUCAUAAUCACUUGUGAUUAAGAUGUGUAACUUUAAUGUGUGUCCAGUGUGGGUUCCUGUCACUUCUCCUGUGCUUGUUUCCUUUGACCUCAAAUGCCUCGAAAGAAAAUAUCUGCAUGGCAGCACUGGGGCAGCCCCACAUUUGGAACCUGUACUCCAAAAUGUCAAGCCUUGUUCAUUUCACACUUUGCCAGCCCCAGUCAAAGCCUAGUUGUCUACAUUAAAGCCAACAUAUUCCUUAUCAUAGGAAAUGUAAUGGGAGAGAGAAGUGUGAUUUCAGGGUCACAUUGUAUGUCACAUAGAAACAGAUUGCCUCAACAGCAAAUACAGGGAGGCUUCAGGGAGGUGACAUGCUUUACUUUGUAAUGCUUUGUGUACUUCCUGUCAUUUUAAUUUUUCUGCCACUCUAGGCUUCUGAUAACACAAAGGGAGAUACAGCCUUUCCGGUGUGCAUAUGGCAGAGACAGGGAGUCCUGAGGUCAGGGUGGAACACCAGAGCCCUACCCUCUCAUGUUUGGAGACCAGCUACAGCUAUUGCCCUGCUGGGAAAUAAUUGGAGAUUCUGUGUUUAUCACAAUAGGAUUGUUUUCAAUGUCAAACUUAGAGGGUCCCAGAAGCAGGCUGAAAAGAGGUGGUCCAGCAAGGUUCCACAGGCCCACUUCAGUGCCUGUGGCCCUUGGAGUUCAGCUGUAACUAAGGAAUGUGUACCUUUCACAAGCACUUUGGUGAACUAGAGAGAAGAAAUAUUCUCAGGAUGUGUUCAAAACUAAAAGAGUUUUAACUGUUAAAAGAAACACAGUCCAGCUGGCUUUCCCCAUCCUCCUUUCUCCUUUCUCCUCUCCUCUCAGCGGGGAGCUAGACGUGGGGCAUGCGUCAUUCUCUGUUGACAAAUGUGUUACGUCACGCCAGCGCUGUUGCCCACACCGUGCUAUCCUUGAUAGUAAAAUUCCUUGGUACUUGUGGGAGUCCUCUGUCUCUCCAUGCCCCUAAAAUAAUGUUAACCCCUUGUCUCUGGAACCACUCCCACAUUUGAUUUGGUGUUAAAGGGUAACAGCAAAAUGAUGAUUGUGGAGAUGGGUCUGUUAGGUCUUGUUUGUCUCUUGGUUCAAACUAUUUUCAAAAAAGCCCCACAAAAGGGGCUGUCAUCUUGCUAUCCACCCAUACUUAAUAGGUAUUUAUCAGCCCUUUUAGGUCAUAUAAAAGUUGCACCUUUUUAACCAAGCAAUUAUAUUCACUAGGGGAAAGGUGUGGACUACAGAUUAGUAUUAUAUUAUUUUAAUGGAUUUAAAGUAAUUUAUAAGUAUGCUGAGUGUAAAUCUUUAAAAGACUAUGUAUUGUAAAAGGACAUAUCCUGUGAAAUAUAAUAUCAUUUUACUGUUUAACAGAAUAAUUCUAUAAGAAGAGUGGUUUAUCUCACCCAUAGAACUGCUUACAUUCCUGAUGCAAUCAACAGGCACUUUGUAAUUUCCUUUUGGGUUUUUUUUUUAAGGGGGGUAGCAAGCAAGACAUCAUCUGUAUAAAGUGCAGUUUGUGUCACUCAAAAUAUGCGCUGUGUGGCUACACAAAAGCAGCUUGAUGAACAAAUCACUCCAUGGCUCAUUAAAGAACAAAGCUUCUAGAAGCA